CCUUGUUUCCCGCAAACGCACACAGCGAACGCAACUCUAACUUCCCUGUGUACAACCACCACCAAGUGCGCAUGCUAUCGGCGAAUGGCCGCUACAAACUUCGCAGCUCCGGCGAUUCUUAGGAGAGCAGUUGAGACGACUUGGUUCCCUCGUCCCCUCUACAGUGAGAAGCUUCGUUUUCCUGGAAUCCUUCGUUCUGUUCCUUUUAUAGGAACUCCUCAGAUUUCUUCAGUUAAGGGAAUAUGUGAUGCGGCACAUGCUGUAAAGGGAGAUGCUGAUGCUCUACUGAAAGGGGUUGUGGGUGACAAGAAUUCUAUCGAGGCUGUGAAGCAAAUUCUUGAAAUGGCAAAACGGGCAUCUACAAGAAGAGAAGUUCUCUACACAGAUUUCCUUACUCCACCCAUACUAAAAGAGUCAAUGCUUUUGCUGGAAAAAUUAGCAGAUAUCAAAGGUGUACCUCAAGGAGGAUAUCCACAGGCUGAACGUUGCCGACUCUCAGUUGGACAUUUUGAAGUAAUGACAAGUCCUCCAGAUAUAGUUGCUGCACUGAGUAUCACAGGAAACUUUGGAUUUCAACCUUGUUCUCAUGGUGACUUCCUUGGCACAAUUCUUGGUACAGGGAUUGCAAGGGAGAAGCUUGGGGAUAUUCUCUUGCAGGGUGAAAAAGGGGCUCAGGUUCUUAUUGUUCCAGAACUUGUGGACUUUAUGGUGUCAUCAUUGGACAAGGUUGGUAAUGUUCCAGUCUCUUGUGAAAAGAUACCAUUGCUUGCUCUAGACUAUGAACCACCAAGGACAAAAUCAUUUAAAACAAUUGAAGCAUCAUUGCGGGUUGAUGCACUUGCUAGUGCUGGAUUUAAGAUUUCACGAUCAAAACUAGUUAACUUGAUAAGUAAUGGAGAUGUGCGUGUCAACUGGAGUCCUGUAAUAAAGAACGGAACCACACUCAAGACUGGAGACAUUGUUUCUGUCAGUGGAAAGGGAAGGUUGAAGAUUGGCGAGAUAAACACAACCAAGAAAGGAAAGUUUGCUGUUCAACUCAUUCGAUAUUUAUAAAUGUGCGUUAAAUCUUCAGUCAAUUAUAGUUACCCCAGGUAGUAAUUUUUGUUUCCUGUUCGUUGUAAAAAAAAAAAAAAAAAAAAAAAGGAUUUCUCUGAAUACCUUAUUCAUGGAAUUUGUAUUCUAUAAUGAGCUUGUCGUGGAAAGAUUGGUUACAAGGGAUUCAAAUUUUGUUCUGCUUGAGUCAACAUUAUGAAGGCAGGCAAUUUCUGCAGUGAA